AUGGCACUUCAUGACAUUGCUAUUAAUUUGAGUGCACAAAAUCAUGUCUAUGGUGAAAAAGCCACAUUAGCUAGGAAAGAAAGAUCAUCCAAGAUUGUAGGAAGGAGACAAUUGAUUUCAAAACCAAACAAUAAAGCCCAUUUAGACACAGUUCAUAUGGAAUCAAUCAUGAAAUCAUAUUCAACCUCAACUUCAUUGAGGUCAAAUUCUCUUGUAGUUGAUGAUUAUGAGGUUAGAAAUUCAAGACAAUCAGAGAUUUGCAUAGGUUCGUGUGUCAAUGAUCUUUUGCCAGACUUGAAAGUUUACCCGAGAGCGAAUUCCAUGAUGCAGAUAGACAAAGCGGUAAAUAAUUCGAGAGGGCCACCAACCUUUAGAUUAUUUGGUGAAAACUAUCACUUGAUGGGUAGCCUUAGUAGAGCAAAGUUUGCUCAGCUAUAUGUAUUUGAUACUCAAAACGAAGUUCAAACCCGUAUUUCUGCUAAUAGGGAAGAAGAAAACAACGAUAUCCACGAAGGCAUAGUGAAAGAAUUGAAGUCAAUACUAGAUGAAAACAAUGUGUUGGUGAAAGCAUUUCAUAUGGUUAGGGAGUCAAUGUCUUCGACCUCUAGGUCCAUAGUGAAGCUAAGGCUUAUAGGCAAGAGGGGCAAAGAUGGGAGAAGAUAUAAUUUACCAUCAACCAGUGAGGUUGUUGCAUUGAUUGUGGGUGAUUUUGAUAUAGAUCAAACUGAUAGAGACAUUAUUGUGGAGACUCGAAGUGGAAGGUUACAAAGGAUCAACCAGCUAAAUCCAGCUUAUUUAGGCCUGCAAUACCCUUUGCUAUUUCUGUACAAAGAAAAUGGUUAUAAGAAAGAUGUUUCACUUAACAAGAGUAAUCUAGAUGGCAGAAAGGGGAGACUAUUCCAACAAUUUUUGGUUGAUGGUUUUUCGAUGAUAGAGUCAGCCAGGUUAAACUACAUAUGUCUUAACCAAGAGAAGUUCAGAUGUGAGAUGUACAAGAGUAUCAAAGAAGCAAUACUGAGUGUGGAGACAGCAACAUCUUCUCGUGGAAAACAUAUUAUAUUGCCAUCUUCAUUCACUGGAGGGCCUAGGUACAUGAUUUAA